UCUUAGGUUUAUGUAGCUGCAACUUCUUCCAUCGUCUUUAAUGGCGUUUUACAUCCGUCUCAGCUUACAGAACAAUUAAAAAAAUUCGACCCGACUCAUUCCAAAAAAAGGUCUGUAAAAAAUCUGCUUUUUAUCGGCUCUAAUGAGGAAAAGGACCCGUCUUGCAGCUCCCGAGGAAGUUAUUGGUCCCGAGGAUUAUAUAAGCUCGUUAACCGAUGACAUUCUUGUUUCGAUUUUGUCUCGUGUGAAACUAAAAGAAGCUGCAGUCACUAGCAUUUUAUCUAGAAGAUGGCGAUACGUGUGGACCCACUUGGCCCGGUUGAAUUUCAACGGUAACAAAACGCUGGAUAAAAUUGCAGCCAAUCGAAAACUAAAGUCACCAGAUAGGCCUAAAUACAUCAACUGGGUUAACCGGGUCGUGAGGCAGCAUAAAGGGGAGAUUGUUGAUUCAUUUCGUAUCUGUUUCGAUUUGGACAAGAGCUCGAAAUCUGCUCUCGACAAUUGGGUCAAAUUCGCAAUCUCGAAAGGUGUCCAAAGGCUCGAGCUCGACUUGUUAGAAAAUGGCGAGACGCUUAGGCAAUCCAUGCGUAACUACACUUUCCCGUAUAAGCAAUUGUGUAAAAAAAUAUCUUUGAAGAAUGUCAUGCGCCCGAAUUUCGGGCAUAUGAAGUGUUGUCUGAAAGCUCUCUCCUUGAAAUGUGUGAAUGUGAGUGAUGAGGCUUUCGAUUUUGUUCUCUCUGAAUGUUUGGUUUUGAAAUAUUUGUCCAUACACGGCUCUGGGGACUUGGUGAACGUGAAAGUAAGCGGACAAUCUCUUAUGUUGAAGUACUUGGAGAUAGUGUUCUGUUUGGGGGUAGAGAAGAUCGAAAUCUCGAACGUGAAUCUCGUCUCGUUCAGUUAUUUGGGUCCCGGGAUUAAUUUAGUUAUUAAUAAUGUGCCGAUGCUCGACGAGAUCUCGAUAGGAGAAGGGUACUCAGGAUUGGAGAACAAUGUUUUUGGGCAGCUCUCGUGUUGUCUUUACCAAUUGGAGGUUCUUACAUUGGAGAUAUACCGUCCUGAGGAGAAUAUAAAGAUUUCAGCAUUUCCUGAGCUGCCGAAGCUGAAGAAGCUGAUUCUUAAAGUAGGGGCAUGGAAUGAUGAUAGUCUACUCGAGUUCACUUCUCUAGUAAAGGCAUGCCCUAAUUUGAAUAGAUUCGUAUUGCAGUUAAUAUGGAUGGCGCCAGCUAAGAGAAGACGAAGAAUACGAAAAGCUGCCAAAUGUGCCCAUAAGUUGUUGAAACUGGUCGAGAUUGUCGGGUAUUACGGGCGAACAAGUGAAGCCGAGCUCGUUUUCUACUUUAUCGAGAAUGCCCUUUCUCUCCAGAAAAUCACGAUCGACCCUCGCAACCAGAUUCUUGAGAGAUUCCCUGGUGGGCCCGACCAAAGAAAGAAAGAGGAAUCGGCUCGAAAACGGGCCCGCAAGCAGCUCGAGCCCAAGAAACCUCCCGGUGUCCAGUUGAUAAUUCUUUAAAGAUGUGGACUGAACCGUUUGUAGCGAGUGUGUAUAUAUGGAAAGGGUAGAUGAUUAAAGUGAAGAAAAAAGGGAGAGAAAACGAUAAAGGAAAGUGAAAGGAUAUUCAGAGUGAGGAAACGAGAGUUUUUUUUAUCGUGUUAGGGAGUUCGAGAAUUAUGAAGGUUUUGCAGAUGUGUUCUUCUCUAAAAACAAAGAGGAACUUGAGGUUUUGUUGGUUACUUUGAACUCAGAGAGAUGCUAAUGAAGAAAAAACACAUUCUCAUGUUUUGAAUGUAGGGAGAUUUUUUUAUGACAAUGUUUUUAGAGUUAAGUCCUCUGUCCAUCUUCUCAUAGUAUUUCUAUGAGCUAAAACAUGUUAUGUUAGUUUUCAGGAACUUCAUUUUAAGAUGAUGGUUAUGCGAAACACC